UUUUUAAAUAUGCAAUUAUGCAUUGUGUAAAUUUUGUAUUUUUUGUCAUAGUGACCUGUUUUCUCUUUUAUCCCGUUGUCAUGCCAAUAACAGGAUAAAAUUGUCCGUAUUAAAUCGAUAAAUUGUUCCGAAACGCGUUUUCAAGAUGGACAGCAUUUUAUCUCCCGCCGAAAUUGAUUUCUAUAUCGAAACAAUGCGUGAAUAUGCCAUCCAUGAAGUGGGCAGCGAUAACUGGUUGGAUUGGCAUGAUCGCCUCCAGAAGCUCAACCAACAAGCUGUCAUUGAAGCGACGUCGAUGCGCGACGAACAAGUAAAAGAAACUCUCACCACGUUCGGCAAAAGCCACAUUCUAGUUCACGAAGCAAUUCUUAUCAGUAUAUGGAAACAGAAAGUGCUUCCACAUCUUUUGAAAUUCGUUCCCAAUCCAGAAACCACAUUUAUCGCGUACACCGUACUAUACCAUGAAGCAAUCGCCGCCAGCCUACUCGAGUUGAUAAUGUUCUACGGUGCUGGCUGCGAACGACUCGGUGAUAGCGCCGCGGAUCUGUUGGAAUAUGUCUAUGAAAACGCAGCGCAACUGUUGGUUAUUAAGUGCGAGCCGACAGCAGAUGUCUGCCAGAUGAGUGGACAGCAAGAAAUUUUGAGAAAUAAGAAUGAUCUUCAUUUUACUAUUGCGAUUAGAUCGUUGAGUAUUAUUCGAUACCUCGCGGAGUACAUGGAUCGAGUCAGUUUGGGGGUGGUUUCUCGGAUGUAUGAAACCUACGAUGUACCAGCGCUCUUCGUGCAAUUAUUAAUCGAAAAACCGUGGUACAAAAACGGUCAAGUCUUCAACAAAGGCAAAUGGGUAAAUGUAUCCUCAGAUGUAGUCAAUACAACUGAAGCACAGGUGUGGUUAACAUUAAGGCAUCUCCUGCUUGACAAAGCCUUCAACACCUAUUACCCAAUAACAGAUUCAAGAAAAUCACACUUGAUGAAAAUUGCGCCGCUUUUAAACCCAAUCGUGAUAGAUCAAAUGUCCCCGUUAUUAGAACUUAAACAAUUCCUGUUUCAUUUAUCGGUUUACAAUCCCCAAUCAGCGGCCAAGAAGCCAUUGUUGAUGGAAACCAUUUUGGAAGUCAAAAAUAAUAUUAUCCAACAAGGACAUGGCCAAUGGAAAAAAAUCGCCAAAGCGCAAAUUGAUGUCAUCUUCUGCAACGACAAAGAAAAAUUGGCCCAAAUUGCCCAAAAAUUGUCAGCUGCUUACAACACCGAUGUAAUCGAAAAAUUCGAAGGAAACGCAUCAGGAGAAUGUGCGCUCUGCGGCCAGCCUGCAAUACAACGAUGUUCCAAAUGUAGGAAAGACUUCUACUGUUCACGACAAUGCCAAGUAUCACAUUGGCAGAGCCAUAAAGAUAAAUGUACGCCACUAGCCAUUGAAAACUGAUAAUAUCAACAAUUGUUUGUUUCUUAAA